AUGAAAGUUAAAAUUAACAACCAAAUAUUUUUUAAAUCAGAUUUUCCUGACAUAAAAGUUGCAAAUGAAAAUUUGGCUUGCCAUAUUAUUGAUUCUAUCAAUAGUAAAAAAAAUGAAGUUAUUUUAACGGACGAAAAUUUAAAUCGAGUUUCCUCUUAUGAAAUUGUGUCCAGAAUUAAAAAAGUUGCAAAGGGUUUUAAUUUAUUAAAUUUGCAAAAGGGUGAUAUAAUUGGGGCAAUUUUGCCAAACAUGAUAGAGUUUUCAUAUGGAGUACUAGGUGGGCUGUUAAGUGGAGGAGUUGUAUCACUUAUUAAUCCAGGUAGUACCAAAGAUGAAAUAAACAACACUUUAUCAAAAGUUAAACCAAAAUAUAUUUUAAUAGAUAUAGAAAACUAUAAUAGAAUUAAAGAGUUUUUAAAAGAUUUAUUUCAGUAUUGCGAGGUAGUUAUUGUAUUAAAUGAUAUAUAUAACAAACCAAUUUUAGAUUUAAAAUUACCACAAAAUUAUUGUGGAUCAUUUAAAGUUAUUGAUUUUAAAGAUUUUAUCGAAAAUGAUGGUGAUUACAAUAAGCAGAGUUCAAUAGUAAGAUCAAAUGAAGACAUCGCUUUUAUUUUGUUUUCUAGUGGAACUACCGGUAAUUUUAAAGCGUUGUGUUUAACACAUAGAAACAUAUUAUCAAAUGUGAAACAGACUAUAUUAGCAGAAAAAGAAUUAAAUCCUAAAAACUCUGUAAUAUUAUGUUGCCUACCAUUUUUUCACUGUUUUGGGUUGGUUGUGGUAUUGCUUAGCAGUCUUUCAUAUGGGGCAGGUUUCACAUUUUUAAAAAAAUAUAAUGUUUUAAAAUUUUUAAAACUAGUUCAAAAUGAAAAAAUAACUUUUUCCUAUAUAGUACCACCAAUCGCAGUUGAUUUAUCAAAUUCACCUUUGGUUAAAGAAUAUGAUUGCUCAUCGUUAACAGUUUUAUUUUCAGGGGCUGCUCCAUUCCCAGGAGAACUUGAAGAUAUAUUAAAAAAAAGAAUUGGGGUUAGUAGAUCGAAAAAUGAUGAGGGUACCCAAAGAUUAAUUAUCAAGCAAGGUUAUGGGUUAACAGAAACUUCCCCAGUUGUUUCUAUUUCAAAUAGCAUCAGUAAUAAAAAGGGUUCAAGUGGAUUUUUAGUUGGUAGUAUGCAAGCAAAAAUUACAUGUAUUGAAACAAAUAAAAAUUUAGAUUCAAAUCAAAUAGGUGAGUUGUGUGUAACUGGACCAAAUGUAAUGAAGGGUUAUUUUGGUAACACAAGUUUAAACGAUACUUUUGAUAGCAGUGGAUAUUUUAAAACUGGUGAUAUUGGGUAUUUUGAUGAUGAAGGUCAAUUAUUUAUUGUUGAUCGUAAAAAAGAGUUAAUUAAAUCAUAUGGAUAUCAAGUAGCUCCAGCAGAAUUGGAGUCUAUAUUAUUGGGACAUCCGAAAAUUGCCGAUGUUGCUGUAAUAGCAGUACCUUCAAGUAAGGGUGGCGAGGUCCCAAAAGCAUUUGUUGUUUUAAAAGAAAAUGCAGCAGUUUCUGGUGUCGAGAUAUGUAAAUGGUUUGAACCAAAAGUAUCUUAUUAUAAAUAUUUAAGAGGUGGGAUUGUAUUUAUUGAUAAAAUUCCAAAGUCGCCCACUGGUAAAAUAUUGCGUAAGAGAUUGGGAGAAUUUUCUUUAAUAAAUAAAUUAUAA